AUGAACAACAACGCCGUAGACUCCCUGUUGAUGCGUCUUAAGCUAACGGAUUUAAUUCCGAGGUUCAGAGAGAUGAAGCUUGAUCGCCUUGUAAACUUGCGUAAAAUGAGUGCUGAGGAGCUUCGUGAGGCCGUCCCUGAUGAUGAGCAGCGGAUUCUUCUCAUUCAGGCCAUUUCAAACCGUGGGUCGCACGAGAAGAGGCAGCAGUCACAAGCUGCCAACUUAAAUCCCCCACGAAACACUGAUGAUGGGGGCCGUGUUGGCCUGCCUUUCCCACGUGGUUCCUCACGCGGUGGUGGCAUGGGACGUGGCAGGGGCCGUGGUGGUCGCGGUGCUGGCGGCAACAGCAAUGACACGAAUACAUCCUUCCCCAGUCGUCAACGUGCAUGCAACCACUUCUUUACGGGGGAGUGCAAGUUUGGCGAUCACUGCCGCUAUAGUCAUGACAAGGAGGUUUAUGAAAAGGAAGUCGCCGAGCAUGGGCCUCAUCGAUCCAGGGAGUCUGUUGGCAACUCGGAAGACUACUGUGAGAUUUGCGAAAUUCCUACGCAGCGCAUCAAGUUCCUACUUGGCAACAAAGCUGAGCGUCUCCGGCUGAUUCAUGCUCAAAAUCACACACACAACAAGCCCUUUCCGCGCGUCGAGAGUGAUGUUGAGAAGUUUGAGCUGCGGGUGUACGGCUCUGACCCGCAAUCGGUCCUGCAGACAAAGAAGAUGAUUCUGGCACAUGUUGGGGUAAAAAAAGAGGAAGAGCAACGGAACCGUUUGCAGUACACAAUCAAUGAACUGAAGAGUAACCAGCGUUCAGCCAAGCUUCUAGCCGCUUGCAAUGCCAAGAACGAAGGGACCCCACGUGAACUCUCGGAGUCGUCGUUGAAAAGUAUUAUCUCCUACUUUCGUUUUGAGAAGCAACAAGACAUUCGCCACUUCUAUUUGAACGUCAACAAUGACCGCCUCAAACUGGAUAAGGUGGCCAACAUAGUUGCCCAGUUGCGGGGGGUUCAGGCUAUUAUGUUCUGUGAUCAGAAGCGUGUGAUGGAGAUGAGUAAGGUGACUCAAAAGAUUUCACGGUUCUUCAAUGGUGUGACGCCACUGUUUUUGCAUCGUGAACUUCCAAAGGCUGAACGUAUGCAGAUUCUUCAAGAUUUUAAGGAUGGUGAAGAGAACGAUAACGGGGUUCGCGAACGCCUACUCGUCACCAAUGAGGACUACGCGAAACUGGCAAGGAAGACGCUUAUCCCAUAUGUUAACCUUGUCAUCAACUACGUGGUGCCGCGGACAGAGGAGUACUACCUCCUGCAGUCGCUCGUAGCGGGACGUAAUGACACUGUAGGGGUGUCUAUUCUCUGUGUUAGUGCCUACGACCAGUCCACCUUCCACGACCUGCAGCAGAACAUCCCGUUUACGGUGAUUGAGGAGGAGAGCGAUUUCGCAGAGACAGCGGUGCAGCUGGUGUAUGACACGACGGCGAACCCGCUCACUGAAGAAGACGCCGACCCCCCAAGCGACUGGCGGGAUAAGCUGGAGGAGAAAAAGCCAUCCGCAUGA